UUUUGGACAUUUUCCUUAAUCAAAGCUCUUCUAAUAGAUGUUCUAAAACAUUAAUGGCUAACACGUACCAUUAUCAGUUACCAUCCCUUUCUUUUUAAAGGCAGGGGUCUGGGAUCGAAUUUACUCUAACCAAAAGAAGAUUGCAUACGUCCUAGCUUACGAUUUUAGAGCCUGUGUUUAAACCUGUCUUUCCCAAAUACACAAGAGGCCACUUGCAGGAUGGCGUCAUUUUACACCUACUACCAGAAUCCUUCAGGGUUUUGCUUUCAUGUGCAAAUUAUGGGUAUUUGUUUUUUACACUCCAUUGGGUUUACCAAAUUUAAAUACCAAAGAAAAAAGGAAAUGAAUUCUGGUCUUAGAAGUAAAAAGACGUCACCACGCAAAUGGCUUAUUUACUGUAUUUCUCUCCGUCCUCCCAUGACUACCAUUUAAGGGGCUACCCUUCACUGAGUAAAACUCUCUGUCACUGCAUGCUUCGCUAAGAACCUCGUGAUGAAUAGAAUCACGGCAAGUGGUCAGCAGGCUGUUAAUUUGUUCAUACCAAGAUACCGAUCUGAACUGUUAGCAUGCAAUAAGACUAUUGACCUUUCCGUCUACAUUUGGAAAAAAUGCAAAUAUUGAUGUAACGAUUGGCAGGCAAUCAAGAGCAAUUUCUCUCUUCCUCUCAUACGAAUUUUUUUUUUUUCAUUAUAAUUUUUAAAAUGUUUUACCGGUUAUUUGUUUUGAUCAUACAUUGUUCUUUAGAUGGUCCUUCGGAGUUGUUUUGUGGGAAAUGGCUACCAUGGGUAAGAUAUAUUAAAUGCUUUGACUGAUCAUGCUGAUGUUAGAGUUACAAUGAUUGUCCAUUGCAUUUCUUUGUUUGUUUUAUUAUAAACGUAAUUUCGCAUCCAGAUCUCCCGUCGACGAAGCCGAAGGAGAGAUCUGGUCAAAUCCGUACGUCAUGUGCUCGCCGGUCAGGCGCACUGAUUUAUAUUAAAGUCCAGAUAUAACGCGAACUCUGUUUGGUUGCAAAUGCAUGCUUUAUGAGAGUAUAAAACACACAGCUAAAGGUGUCGCACCAUGUGCCGAAAGUUUGUUUUGAAAACUAAAAAAGUGAUGCAUGGGGAAUUUAACGGAUUCUUUAUAAUGAAACAAAUAAAGAAGCCUUGACACUGUGCUCUGUUUUGUUGGAAAGCACGCAGGAAACGGCAAGAGAACUUAGUUAGGGAGAAACACUCCACUAGGUCUCGGUUUCCCCACCUAUUCUUUCGUGCUCUAGCUGCUUCUGGCGUACUUUACAACAGAACAGAGUAUAGUCAAAGCUUUUUUUUAUUUUUAACGUUUUUUACUUGACCUGAUCUCGCCCUCGGCUUCGUCGACGAGAGAUCUGGGUACAAGAUCACUAUCAACGUUGUGAGUCAAUGGUCACGCGCCACAAUAACUAACAGCUCUUGACAGACGUAAUGUUAGCUUAAAAGUUCUCUAAACCUUCCCCAAUGAUAUUUAAAUUGAACACUUUAGGGGGAACUCCUUACCCCAGAAUCAACCAUGCCCAGUUGUACAAUCUCCUUAAGAAGGGGUAUCGCAUGGAACAACCAAACACUUGCAGUGAUGAAAUGUAAGUAAACUUGUUGUAAAUGACUCGCAAAAUAGAUGUACGAAACAAGAAACACAAUAUCUUUUAAAAACAACAUUGUUAAGCUAUAGGCAUGAUCAUCUUUAAACCGUUCAUAACAAGGCCGCUUUUUCGGUCACUUCUUUCAGUUCAUCGGUGAAACGCCAGGGGUAUAGUACAAUGUAAUAAAAUCCAACUAGUGGUCGAUUAUCAAUGCUGCGUUCCGAUUGGUUGAGCUACUGCUAGGCUAUAUGUUAUAGCCCACUAGUAGCGAAAAGCGCCGGCUUUUUGGCGGCAAAUAAGGGUUAAAUUCUAUCUUUAAGUAGCGAAAACUUUUUUAUUCUUGACAUUUUUGACCAAUUAGUUGGAUUUUACUAAAACAAUUAUUCCUCUCGCCAUCAUGGACUCUGAGUCAAUAGCCCAUUCAGCCUUCGGCCUCAUGGGCUAUUGACUCAGAGCCCAUGAGGGCGAGAGGAAUAACUGUUAAAUACUUCGAUUGACUUUAUCAUGACAAUCAUGACUCUCUGGCAGGCACUCAUGCGACUUGAUUGCGACAAAAAAAUCGGUGCAACUGGCGAGUAUAACGCCAACGCAAGUAGAUCGGAGGUAGGAAAGAACCAGGCUUAACUCAUUAACGUUUCUUCGACGUCAUAAACGUUAAGAACUACCUGCUAAUGUUCUGCUUUAAAAUGGAUAAUUUCAUCCCUUCUAUACUACUCACAAGGGAAAUUUCGUUUUGCUGAAGUAAAAACCAAAUCUUAGGUAAUCUCUCUCGGCAAAACAUGGCAGUAUUUCGUCUCGUAACUAGGUGAAACGUGAUCAUUCAGGUGAGUGUCUUAUGGAAAAGAUUGUUGUUAACAGUGAUUGCCUAUUCGACAAAAGUGAUCAUCAGAGUUCAAAAAGAGUUACGUGUCGUAGCUUGACGACAAUUUUUGCUAGCGUCAUAAUUGGGUAACUUGAACGAAGCAUAAACCAGCAUAAUUUUUUCUCGACAGAUACAAGUUAAUGCUGGACUGCUGGAGGAUGAUCCGAAUGAACGACUCUCAUUCACCGAAAUGA